AUGUCAAAUUGUAUGGUGGUGCGUCGCUUUUUGGCUUAUCAUCGCCGAUUUUCCGCGAAUUUUGCACUAUUUACCUUGCCUCAUAAUAAACUUAUAACGAAUUUAAAUAAUACUCUAUUUACUUCAGUCAAAAAUAGAUUGUGCAGCGCAACCAAAUACGCCGCUCCGUGGAACAUGGUCUUCGACUACCCAGAGGCGCGGAGGGAUGAAACGGUGGUUGAUGAUUACCAUGGAACCAAGAUAGCCGAUCCAUACCGUUGGCUUGAAGAUCCAGACGCGGAGGAGACGAAAGCGUUCAUCGAGGCAGAAAACAAUAUUACCCGUCCUUUCCUCGACUCGUGUCCGGUGAAAAAGGAUAUCCAUAACCGACUAACAGAGCUGUGGAACUACCCGAAGUACUCUUGUCCCUUCAAACGAGGCGACCGUUACUUCUUUUUUAAAAACACUGGCCUGCAAAACCAAAAUGUCCUCUACAUGCAAAAAGGCUUGGACAAGGAGCCCGAAGUUUUUCUCGACCCUAACACGCUCUCGGAGGACGGCACGGUGGCGUUGUCCGGUUACCGCUUCACCGAGGACGGCUUGACGUUCGCGUACGGGCUCUCCGCCAGCGGCUCCGACUGGAUCACCAUACACUUGAAGGACGUUGUCACUGGAAAAGACUAUCCGGAGGUGUUGAAGAAGGUGAAGUUUGCGUCAAUGGCAUGGUCGAAGGAUAAUAAGGGAUUGUUUUACUCGCGCUACCCGGACCAGACGGGCAAGACGGACGGCUCCGAGACGGAGGUGAACCGCGACCAGAAGCUGUGCUACCACCGCCUCGACACGCCGCAGUCCGAUGACGUCAUCGUCGUCGAGUUCCCGCACGAGCCGCUCUGGAGGAUCGGCGCCGAGGUGUCAGACUGCGGCCGGUACCUCAUCGUGAGUCCCGUGAAAGACUGCCGCGACAACCUGCUGUUCUUCGCGGACCUCAGCAAGACGCCCGUCAUCAACGGCAAGCUGCCUCUCACGCAGAUCGUGCACAAGUUCGAAGCGGACUAUGAGUAUGUGACAAACAAUCUGUCAGAAAAUAGCUCAGUGUGUAUAUUCCGCACAAAUAAGAACGCCCCGAACUACAAGCUCAUCAAGAUCGACCUACACAACCCUGCCGAAGAGAACUGGGAAACAGUCGUACCGGAACAUCCCACAGACGUUUUGGACUGGGCAUCCCCAGUGGACAAUGACAAACUUGUACUUCACUACGUUCGAGACGUCAAGAGUGUUUUACAAUUGCAUUCAGAAUCAGGUGAAUUGUUGCAAGUGUUUGACUUGGACGUGGGCUCCAUAGUGGGCUUUUCGGGCAAGAAGCAGCAGGGCGAGAUCUUCUAUCAUUUCAUGUCUUUCCUGACGCCUGGCAUCAUCUACCACCUCGAUUUUAGUAGCCAAAAACCAUACAAGCCUACUGUUUUUAGAGAAGUUGAAGUUAAAGGAUUCGACGCAUCGCAAUACGAGGCCAAGCAGAUAUUCUACUCGAGCAAAGACGGCACCAAAGUUCCUAUGUUCAUUGUUUCCAAAAAGAAUCUGCCACGAGACGGAUCGAGUCCGGCACUGCUGUACGGCUACGGCGGGUUCAACAUCAACCUGCAACCCAGCUUCAGCGUGACACGACUCGUCUUCAUGCAGCACUUCAACGGCAUCGUCGCCAUCCCCAACAUCCGAGGCGGCGGGGAGUACGGCGAGCGCUGGCACAACGCGGGGCGCCUCCUCAACAAGCAGAAUGUGUUCGACGACUUCCAGGCGGCGGCCGAGUACCUGGUGGCGGAGCGCUACACGCGGGCAUCGCUGCUGACAGCGCAGGGGGGCUCCAACGGCGGGCUGCUGGUGGCGGCCUGCAUCAACCAGCGCCCCGCGCUCUUCGGAGCCGCCAUCGUGCAGGUCGGAGUCCUGGACAUGUUGCGAUUCCAAAAGUUUACGAUAGGCCACGCGUGGGUGUCAGACUACGGAAGCUCCGACAACAAGACGCAUUUCGACAACUUGCUCAAGUACUCGCCCUUACACAAUAUACAGCCGCCGGAUAAUGUGAGCCGCGCGGAGUACCCGGCCACGCUGGUGCUGACAGCGGACCACGACGACCGCGUGGUGCCGCUGCACUCGCUCAAGUUCAUCGCGGCGCUACAGCACGCCGUGCGCGGCUCCCCGCAGCGCCGCCCGCUGCUGGCGCGCGUCGACACCAAGGCGGGCCACGGAGGCGGGAAGCCCACCGCCAAGAUCAUCGAUGAACACACAGAUAUCUUGUGCUUUAUGACACAGGCGCUCGGACUUAAUUUUGAGAAGUGAUUGACUGCCAUAUACAUGAAGAAAGUUUUAUAGUAUUAAUUGCAUUGAGAUAAUUGAAUUUAAAUAAAUAGUAUUAUGUAAAUAUAAAAAAAAAACCACAGCCACAAUCAGUUGAUUACCUCAGGUCUUUACCAGGAGACUGGUGAUAUUGUUACGCAUUGCUACUAUUUUUAUUAAAUAAACAUUGUUUUUAUUUUUUAA